AUGUCUGUCAAAUCCCCUCUCCUUGAUAACCCUGCAGUAUCAUCGACAAGUAGGAGCAGUGGCCAAGGACUACGAAAGAUCCCAGGUGAUUAUGGACUCCCUUUUUUUGGUCCUUUAUUUGACCGGUUUAGCUUUUUCUACUGUCAAGGUCCAGAAAAAUACUUUACGUAUCGAAUGCAAAAAUAUCAAUCCACCGUGUUUCGAGCCAAUAUGCCACCCGGUCCCUUCAUUUCAUCAAACUCUAAGGUGGUUGUCCUUCUUGAUUCCAAGAGCUUUCCGAUCCUUUUCGAUGGCUCUAAGGUUGAGAAGAAAGAUAUUUUCACUGGUACGUACAUGCCUUCCACCAAACUAACGGGUGGAUACAGAGUCCUUUCCUAUCUCGAUCCAUCUGAACCUAAUCAUUCCAAGCUCAAACAAUUAUUUCUCUCCCUAAUCCAUUCACGUAGUGAAUUUAUCAUCCCAGAGUUUAGAAAAAGUUUCGGUGAAUUGUUUGACACUAUUGACAGUGACCUUGCUGCCAAAGGUAAGGUUAACUUUGAUGCUCCAACUGGUGGUCUAAAUGAAAAGGCGUGUUUUGACUUCCUAGCUCGUUCGUGGCUCUCAACAAACCCGGCUGACACAGAGCUCGGUGACGGAGCACCAUCCAGAAUCAUUCCAUGGUUUUUGUUCACAGUAGCUCCAAUUGCUCCAUUAGGCUUACCUUGUUUUAUAGAAGAUCCUCUCCUCCACACCAUUCGUCUGCCUCCAUGUUUGGUAAAGCGCGGUUAUCAAGAGCUAUACAAUUUCUUCUACAUAAAUGGAGGUGGGAUUCUCGAUGAAGGUGAGAAGAUGGGUAUCAAAAGAGACGAAGUCUGCCAUAACCUUCUCUUUUUUGUGUGCUUUAAUUCCUUCACCGGGAUGAAGGCUCAUUUCCCAAACAUCAUAAAAUGGAUCAGUCGCUUAGAUUUAAGGGAGGAUUGGAAAAAUGCCCCAAAACUGGGUGCAAUGUUGGAAAUCUGCCCCAACUCAAAUAUAUCCUUCAGAAUUCAGGGUUUGGGGUUCAAAAUUCAGGAUUCAAGGUUUAGGGUUCAAGAACUCGCACACGCGGAGUUAACUGAGAUUUCUAACAGUGGGGCAGUUUUUCAACUUUUUUUAACGUUGGGGCAGUUUUCCAAGAUUGCACUCCAAAUUGGGGCAGUUUCCCAAUUUUCCCUAGAUUUAAAGAUACAAAAGCAGUUAAUAGACGAGAUAAGAUCAGCAGUAAAGUCCAAUGAAGGAAAGGUAACGAUGAAAGCAAUAGAAGAGAUGCCACUGGUGAAGUCAGUGAUUUUCGAAAUUCUGAGGUUAGAUCCAGCGGCGCCGUACCAGUAUGCUAAAGCCAAGACAGACUUGGUAAUAGAGAGCCAUGAAUCAACGUUUGAAGUUAAACAAGGGGAGAUGUUGUUUGGGUAUCAGCCAAUCGUGACCAAAGAUCCUAAGGUCUUUGAGAGAGCUGAAGAAUUUGUAGCGGACAGGUUUGUAGGAGUUGAGGGAGAGAAACUCUUAAAGUAUGUGGUGUGGUCUAAUGGACCUGAGACUGAAGAUCCAAUGGUGGACAACAAACAGUGUGCAGGGAAGAAUCUCGUGGAGUUGUUUUCAAGGCUUUUGGUGGUGGAGUUAUUUAUCCGGUACGACUCAUUUAAGGUUGAACUAGGAUCCUCACUAUUGUGUCCUCAAGUUACGUUCACUUCUCUUACGAAAGCCACUGCCGAGGGAUGAUAGGAUGGAAACAAAAUCCGGAGAACUUAUUCUUUGCCUAUUGGGGGUUUGCUGCACUAAUAAGGAGGACACGAGUCAUUUUAUAGAGCUAUUGUUAACAUGUCAUGUGGAAUUAUGCAAAUUAUUUGCUUUUCUUUGUAAUCGCAUUCGUUGUGGGCCGGGUUUCCCUUAUACUAGUGGCCUUAUCAUUAUUGCGUUGCUUUAUAGUUCUCUCCCUCAUUGUAAAGGGCAGUCUGCUUUGCUUUUUUUGCCAUAAGUUUUAGGAUAAAUGGUUUAUUUUUUUUCA